UCGUGGGGUCAUUGGGCAUGCAUGAUGCGGCUCAAGUAGAUCAGGGACCAGUCAGAUGGGAGCAACGUAAUAUGCCAAGUUCUAUUUCGGGUAGAUCGGGAGCGUAGAAGUGUAUUGUGGAUUGUUUAGAAUGUUUAGAAGGCUUCGGACCGGGUCACGAGACUCUCGGCCCUUGUUCAUUCUCUUGUUAGCUCUUGGUUCCGACGUCGUAUUAUGUCACCUGUUCUACUCUAAAUCCCAUUUCUUCCCCAAACAGUUCAAUUCAUCGGUGCACGGUCCAUCAUCUCGGCUUGGAAUAGCCGUUCUCCCCCAACAAGGCAGACCUCUACGACCUCUGACUAGUCGUUCCCCAUGUCAUCUGUCUACACUGUCCAAGAUGACUGCAGAACAAGUUCCUUACAUCCUGACCGGUGUCAACUUUAGUGCUCCACUUAUGAAGCUUAAACGGAAACCACGGUGUAGAUUCCCUCAACGCUGCGAGCAAUCAUUUCUUGGCGCUCUUUCGAGAUAAACAUAUAUAUGAUGCUUGAUGCCCGCUCUGGUCUAGAUUUCAGAGCUUCAGAACCACAGUCCACAAUUCAUACUUUCCCAAUUGGAACCCAUUCUGCAUAAGCAUCAUUUUCAUACAUACUUUACUACUUGAUUGACUGUGAUAUCAUCUACAGUCACCCAACUUCAAACACUCAUCUUAUCACAACAUCGACGUCAUCGUAUACUCA